CAACUUGGGCCGCCUCGGCCCCUUUAAGACGCCGUCGGGCCCCGCCCCGCGCCGACCACGCCCCCUCCAGGCCCCGCCCCGCGCUGUCCCCGCCCCCCCGCCGGGCGCCGCCCCACGUGACCGGUCUUGUGACUGGCGGGGGAGGCGCGGGGGGAAGCCCGCCGCCGCCGAGAGGGGCCGCCCCGCCGCCGCCGCCGCCACCACCGCCUCCGAGGAGGGCCACCCCGCCGCCGCCUCCGCCUCCGCGAGGGGCCACCCCGCCGCCGCCGCCGCCCGGGCGACCCCGCGAGGCCGAGCCGGAGCCGGAGCCAGAGCCGGGCGGGAUCGAGCGGGCGCCGGGCCGGGCGCGGGGGGCGCCGCCCGCCAUGGACCACAAGCCCCUGCUGCAGGAGCGGCCGCCCGCCUACACCCUGGAGGCCGGCCAGGGCGACUUCGCGUGCGGCCCGCACGGCUACGGCGCCAUCCCCACCGCGCCCCCGCCGCCGCCCUACCCCUACCUCGUCACAGGGAUACCCACCCACCACCCCAGGGUCUACAACAUCCACAGUCGAAAUGUCACCCGGUACCCUGCCAAUUCCAUCGUUGUCGUUGGAGGCUGCCCAGUCUGCAGGGUGGGAGCUGUGUCAUUUCGGAGGCCUGUGGCUUCUGCUAACCGGGGCCCCGCGGCCCCAGUCAUACAGAAUCUGGAUCAAGAGUCGGGGUUCUGGAGGACUCCUUCACCUUCCUGGGCAUCUUCCUGGCCAUCGUCUUGUUCCCCUUCGGGUUCAUCUGCUGUUUUGCCUUGAGGAAGCGAAGAUGCCCCAACUGUGGAGCCAACUUUACUUAAAGGGAACACCACACCUGGCUUUCCUACAUCCAGCUAUCUUUUUCUAAUGUAAAUGUCGUGUACAAUAGCUUUAUUUGAUUAAGCUUCAGGACUGUUUUGUAAAGUGAGGUGGGACAGAUUUGGCAUGUGCUAGCCAAGGUUUCCCGGGCACAGGGGUCAUGGAGUGUGGACACGCAGCAGCACUGCUCCAAGGGUUAAUGACAACUCAAUAAAGCACUGCUUUUAUUUUUUGCAGUCUUCAAUUUGAGAAAGGUGAGAAAUACUGUUUUAAAUAAAUGAGAUUCAUACCAUUGUU